AUGGCCCUUGAACUUCAUGUUUGGGGUUCAGCAUUCGGGCUUGAUUCUAUCGAUCCCGAAUGUCUAGCCGCCGUUACAUGCUUCCGUAGCUGCAUUCCCCGCCAAGAUUGGACCCUGAUCGCCAGCAAUGACGCUGCGGUCAGCUCAGAUUACCGCCUCCCCGCCUUGAAUCACAAAGGUAGUUGGACUUCUGGAUAUUCGGAUAUCGUUUCGUAUCUUGCUAAACACGGGAUUUUCCAUUUUGACAAUGACCUCACACCGCUGCAGAGGGCUGAUUCCCUCGCCUGCGCCUCUUUUCUAGCGACUCGCGGGUCUGGUCUGCUUGCCAUGUCGCUUUAUGUCUCGCCUAGGGCAUGGGUUGAGAUGACUCGACCUGCCUAUUCAUCCCUGCUUCCAUUUCCGCUCACGUGGACUAUCCCUCCAGCUGUCCGUGCCGCUGCUGUUGAGAGGGCUGAACAUCUUGGCAUUGGCUACCUCGCGGCUGAAGUAGAUACAGAGGAAUCCUCAUCUGGUGGUCCAGCUGAAACAACGUCAACUGGGUUUCUCCGACUUCGAGAUCGUCUUGGUCCCCGUAAAACUAUGCAACCUGAGCACACGGCUGCUAUCCGAUUCCAGCAUUUCGCAGAGGACUUUUAUUCCGUCUUAGAUGAACUUCGUGGAGACAAGAGCUUCUUCCUGCGGGAUGACAAGCCGUCAUCCAUCGAUUUCUUAGCCUAUGGAUACCUCGAGUUAAUGCGCGUGCAAACGCCGCAUCCCAUUCUUAAAAAUGCGCUAGAAAAAUCCUAUAGUCGCUUAGUCGUAUUCGUGACAGAGCUACGUUCCUAUGGAAACUAUCAGGAAUUGCCGUGGAGGGAGCCCAAGGCGAGGGGUGCGUUGGGUCUGAUUGGUCGCUUUGCUGAAGGAUCAGUCGAAGCCAUCCCAGGCGUCGGGGACAGUUGGCGAAAGUGGCACAAAGACAGCGUCGAUACCCGGGACAGCGAUGACGUGAGAGAUCCUACUCAGCUGAUAUUCGCCGCCGGGGGAGCUGUCACGAGCGUGGCCGCGCUAGGCUUUAUGGCGCUCUUUCGCGCGUUGUCACCCUUCGGUGCCAAUACGCAUCGUUUCGAAGCAGUAAAGGAAAAGAAAGCCGGACUACACCAAUUUGGCGAGAUAGGUUCGAUAUUAGACGGGUUACCUAUAUGA